AUGGUGGAGAUGAAGGUGGUGUUGAUGCUUUUACCUAUGGUGGAGAUUAAGGUGGUGUUGAUGCUUUUACCUAUGGUGGAGAUUAAGGUGGUGUUGAUGCUUUUACCUAUGGUGGAGAUUAAGGUGGUGUUGAUGCUUUUACCUAUGGUGGAGAUGAAGGUGGUGUUGAUGCUUUUACCUAUGGUGGAGAUGAAGGUGGUGUUGAUGCUUUUACCUAUGGUGGAGAUGAAGGUGGUGUUGAUGCUUUUACCUAUGGUGGAGAUUAAGGUGGUGUUGAUGCUUUUACCUAUGGUGGAGAUGAAGGUGGUUGAUGCUUUUAAUGGUGGAGUUAAGGUGGUGUUGAUGCUUUUACCUAUGGUGGAGAUGAAGGUGGUGUUGAUGCUUUUACCUAUGGUGGAGAUUAAGGUGGUGUUGAUGCUUUUACCUAUGGUGGAGAUGAAGGUGGUGUUGAUGCUUUUACCUAUGGUGGAGAUGAAGGUGGUGUUGAUGCUUUUACCUAUGGUGGAGAUUAAGGUGGUGUUGAUGCUUUUACCUAUGGUGGAGAUUAAGGUGGUGUUUGAUGCUUUUACCUAUGGUGGAGAUUAA